CCUCAACCUUCGACUGGACGAUCAUACAAACGUGUCUUUGGUUUCUUUUAUAUUUCUUUGGCUAAAUUUUGCUAUUUUCUUUUACACAUUCUCGCUUGAAGAUACUAGUAACCACAAGUGGUAUCUCUCUAACAUUUGGAAGCAUUUUCUUUCGAAACUGGUCUUUCUAACGCUUUCAAAAUCGCGCUCGUUUGUUCGAACCAAGGCGACAAGAUGCAACCGGCACAGAAGAAAACUGAGACAAACCACUAUUUUGGCAAGGUAAUUUAUACGUUUAUUACAACUGUUCCUUCUUGAUUUCAAAGCGAAAACUUCAGAGUAUAUUUGAUUUCCACAGGAGGUCGGAAACGUGCAAAACAACGCACCACAACGCGUUGUAAAAACCGGUGAAGAUGCCGCAGUUGCUCGACCAAAAGAUAAGGAAAAUUGCCAAGGAAAAAACGAUCAGAAAGUUUGGAAACUUGCUGAUUUUGAUAUUGGUAAACCACUUGGAAAAGGUACGAAUACCAGAUCACCGUUUACGAUCAUAAAAUCGUAGAAUCCACAAUUUAUAGACAUUUUAAUAAGCCAAACCUUUAUACUGUAAAAUAUUUUCAAAUAUCAGAAAUCACAAUAGUGUUUUAUACAAACAACUGUAUGUACAUUUUUUGCGUUCAAUUUAUCUUCCAUCCUUAAUGGAGUGCCUUUGACCCAAAUUUUAUAAUGAGACUCUGAGUAUAGCUACCCAAUUUUGCACAUGGAAAUUACUGUAAUAUAUACUGUAAUUUUAAAACAUCAGAACUGAUUUUUACUCGACAAGACUCAGAGCCUUGCAAGACUUUGCAGAAAUCUUGUCCUCUAUUUGCAGGGCCGAUUGUCGAGCUCAUAAUUGUAUCAGAAUUUGAUCGCCCUUGUAUUUGUUCAUUUUUCUAGGAAAAUUUGGCAACGUUUAUCUUGCUCGAGAAAAAGUUAGCCGAUACAUUGUUGCUUUGAAAGUAAGGGGUCAUGUUAAUUUAAUCCAUGGCCAUUAAAUGCCAGCACUCUCCCCUUGACAAAUGAAAUUGUCUGGUGUUAGACAGAGUAAAGUAAUAAAGUAGGGCGCAAUGCAACUUAAGCGGCCCUGCAUUAUUAUUUACUCAGUCUAAUGCCAGACGAUUUUACUCGUCAAGGAAGGGUGCUGGCAUUUAAAUUAAUGGGUUAAAUUCUUCCUAUGCCGACCAUACAUUUCAAGAUUAACUACAAUAUAAUAUUAAACAUGAUUAUCUACAUUUAAAUUUCUAAAAAAUUCUGCAUAUUGUAUUCCGUAGGUGUUGUUUAAAAGUCAGUUGCAAAAAUCACAAGUUGAACAUCAGCUACGAAGGGAGAUAGAAAUUCAAUCACAUUUAAGGUACAAAUUGUUGUGGAAGUGUUUUACGCACACAUAAAUCUCACGUCUUGUAACAAGUAUGGAACACAGUUGUAACAACCUUGUUGAUAUUAUCAGACUUGUUACAAGGUUGUUCCAACAACUCCGAUACAGUCAUGAUGUAACAAUAUUGUUACAACCUUGUGUUGUCAACCUUGUAACAUUCCUGUUAUAUCAUGACUGUAUCAGACUUGUUAGAACAACCUUGUAACAAGUCUGAUAAUGCCAUCAAGCUUGUUACAAGUUGUUAACAGCUUAUUACAAACUUGUUACAACAACUGGGAACAAGCAGUGCGAACACAACUUGUUGACAGCUUGUGAACAGAUUUGUAACAACUUGUUUGCAAACCUGUAACAACUUGAAUGUGCAUUUUUAUGUGUGUACAUGAAGGGCUUGGACCUUCUAAAAGAAAUCCCACAUGCUAUUUGAAAUUGAUAUUGAAACUUGACAGUUUUCUUUGAAUUUCUAACAGACACCCUAACAUUUUACGAUUGUAUGGCUAUUUCUACGAUAGCACUCGAGUAUACCUCAUUCUUGAGUUUGCGCCAUGCGGAGAGCUGUACAAAGAAUUGACAAAAAAUAAAUAUUUCGAUGAAAAAAGAGCUGCUAAAGUAAGUCUAGAUUUAAUUAUCGUUGCAACUACAAUGAAUUAUUAUAAUGGAUUUGAUCAUUUGAAUUAAUUUUAUAUAACAUAACAUGAUUGUUGGUUUAGUACAUAGCACAACUUGCAGACGCGCUAAAAUACUGUCACGAAAAGAAGGUCAUUCAUCGCGAUAUUAAACCAGAAAAUCUCUUAUUAGGAUCGAAGGUACAUAUUUAUAAUAAAUAUAUAUUUGAUAAUCUGCCUUAGAAUGGCAACUUGCACAUCACAUAGUAAGUUAAGUUUUAAAAACUUCUUAAAACUUUGUUUCAUUUUACAGGGAGAUCUGAAAAUUGCUGACUUCGGUUGGUCUGUACAUGCGCCCUCGUCAAGGUAAUCUUAUCUGUAAAAAUUUGUGGCAUAUGAUUGUCUGUGGUGUCACCGUGUCACUGUAUUAAACUGGUUCGCAUAACUGAUAUUUUAUUGUAAUUUCUGUGUAGACGGACGACGCUUUGCGGCACUCUAGAUUAUCUUCCUCCCGAAAUGAUCGAAGGACAGGAACAUGAUGAAAAGGUACAUGUUUACUUUUCAGUUUGGGUACUUUGUUUGCUUGUUUACCUUGCUUGUAUAAUUAUAUUGUUUGUUUACUUGCAUGUGUAUGUUUAUUUAUUUUGCUUGCUUGUUUAUACCAGUUGCUAAUUAUUUAUUUAUUUGUUUACAAGUUUUUUUCCUUUAUGUGUUUAUGACAGGUGGACCUAUGGAGUCUGGGUGUACUUUGUUAUGAAUUCCUGGUUGGUAAACCUCCAUUCGAAGCCGAGGGUCAUUCAGAAACCUACAGGCGUAUCUCGCGGGUGAGCAGACUUUCAGUUACACAUGCAAAAAUCUUGUGGCAAGUCUGCCAACAAGCCGUCAAUAAGUUGUGUUCGCACUGCUUGUCCCAAGUUGUCAACAAGUUUGGAGCAAGCUGUUAACAACUUGUAACAACCUUGUUGAUAUUAUCAGACUUGUUGCAAGGUUGUUCCAACAAGUACGAUGCAGUCAUGAUAUAACAAUACUGUUACAACCUUAUGUGGUCAUCCUUUGCAACAUUCUUGUUAUACAAACUUGUUCCAACAACUGGGAACAAGCAGUGCGAACGCAACUUAUCGACAGCUUGUGGACAGAUUUGUAUUAAACAACUUGUUUGCAGACCUGUAACAACUUGUGCGUUUUUACGUAUGUAGUCUUUCGGUGACUACAUGCCGAUUUCUUUCCAGAAGAUUUCUCAUCAUCUUUCGUGUUCUUGCAGGUUGAUCUACGUUUUCCGUCGUAUAUUUCGCCACUUGCUCGCGAUCUCGUAACAAAGGUAAGUCAUAAUUAAAGUUACUUAUUUUGUUUAAAUUAAGUAAAGCGCAUGCAGGGCCCGCGGAGUGUAUUAGAGAGUGGGGGGGCUAAAGGGUGAGGUUUAAUUAAUUUAGAAAGUUUCAUUUAGAUUUCUAUUUUAAUAAUUUUGGCUGUCAAAAAAAGUGGGAGGGCUAAAGCCCCCCCAGCCCCCCCGUCUCCGCGGUCCCUGGCAUGCACAAUGCCUAAACGCCUUUAUAGACCGAGGGCGGAACCGGCGGAUCUAGCUUCGUCUGCAAGGAGGGGUGCAGGUUUUCCAUGGGUUGGUCAUGUUGAGCCGAAAGUGGUGCAUAUUUUUUUCGCGCGUAAUACUAAAAUACUCGAAAUUUGCUAAAAAAAAUUUCGCAUGGCUAUAUUUUCUGUACUUUACAACAUUUCGCAACCAAACUUUGCAGAUUAUUAUAAUACUAAUCUUCGGAUGCUCUUAAAUUGAGCUAAAAUGGCUGGAAUCAUCUAAUAAGCUACUGUACGGCUCGGACCAUAUACAAACGGGAGAAAAACAGGCAUGGCACGUUAGUUUUCGUCAGGGCAAGGUCACUGUAUGUCAGUUCACCUAUUCAUUUAUUCAACCACAACCCUAUUCUUAAUUUUUCACUAGUUACUUCAAAAGAGGCCCAGAGACAGGCUGGAACUUGCUGGAGUACUUGAACACCCUUGGAUUAAACAACACGUCGAUCUCAGCAAGCUGACAACUCAAAAAACAACGUAACAAUACUGAUAGAUUUAAUUAUUGUAUAUAAUAAUUAUGGACUUCUUCACAUUGUGUUUGAGGAAUUCACCGAAAUGACUUGCGCCUAAAAUGUUAUAUUAAAAUCGAUAUUCUUGCGCUCUAAAACAGUUAGAUAUUUUGUAUCAUCUUGUAAACUUUCGAAAGAACAUCUUUUAAGAGUUUAAAUUGCAACUUCAGCUGGAAAUUGAGGAAUGUCACCAAAAAAGAACAUUCUAAAACCGAACUUGGUGCCUUGUAAUGAAAUCAGUUUGUUGGCCUCUGUAAAUAAAAUUUGUAAUAAAAAGUAGCAAUUCCUAACGACUGGUCUUGAUUUUUGUUGAAUCCUGGUUUGUUCACCUUCAGGAAACAUGGCUAGGAAACGAUGUUUCCUGGUUUGUCCACGUUCAGGAAACAUGGCUAGGAAACAAUGUUUCCUGGUUUGUCCACCUUCAGGAAACAUGGCUAGGAAACAAUGUUUCCUGGUUUGUCCACCUUCAGGAAACAUGGC